GGAACAAAUGCCAUUACUCUCGUUCACUAUAUAGUUCACAUAUGUAGGCAGCACGGAGGUAUUUGGGAUUCGGGCUCACCGUUAAGCCGAACGCUUGAUAGUUUUAUUGCGUGGUGAACGGAGAUUAGCUAAAAACUGGAGUUUAACUGGGACACAUAGACGUGCAGGCUGUAAUUAUGGAAGCGGCGGAUAUUCUAAAGCAGAUUCAAGUGCCCUUGUAUUGGGUAGGGGCUUUAACAGUGGCCUGGGUAUCCGUGUGCACUCUGUACCGACUCCUUAACGGCCUCCGAUUGUGGGUCCUGGGCAACGGGAACCUAAUAAAAGCCUCCAAACUCGGGAAAUGGGCAGUCGUAACCGGGGCCACCGAUGGAAUCGGAAAAGCCUACGCGGAGGAGCUUGCACGCCGAGGCUUUGCCAUCGUCCUCAUCAGCCGGACUCAGGAGAAGCUGGAUGAAGUGUCUAAAGCCAUCGAGAGCAAGUACAACGUUGAGACCAAAACCAUCUCUGCAGACUUCGGAUCAGUGGAUAUCUAUUCCAAGAUUGAAUCUGGACUAGCUGGCCUUGAAAUUGGGAUCUUGGUUAACAACGUCGGGGUGUCCUACUCUUACCCGGAGUUUCUUCUCAGCAUACCAAAUCUGGAUAAUUUCAUCAGCAACAUGAUCAACAUCAACAUCAACUCAGUCUGCCAUAUGACUCGGCUCGUGCUGCCCAGGAUGGUUGACAGGUCUAAAGGAGUUAUCCUGAACGUUGCCUCUGCGAGCGGCAUGUACCCCGUACCUCUCCUCACUCUCUACUCGUCCUCUAAGGCUUUUGUGGAUUUCUUCUCUCGUGGACUGGAUGCUGAGUAUAGAAGCAAGGGCAUUAUCAUCCAGAGCGUGUUGCCCUUCUACGUGACAACCAAGCUGAGUAAGAUCAAGCGAGCGUCUCUGGACAUUCCCACUCCGGAGCGCUAUGUCUCGUCACAGCUGAGCACCGUUGGCCUUCAGAGUCAAACGAACGGCUACCUGCCCCAUGCCAUCAUGGGAUGGGUGACCACUUCUCUACUUCCAGCACGACUGCUGAACAAGUAUAUCAUGAACAUGGGCCUGUCUCAGCGUGCACGUUACCUGAAGAAGCAGAAGCAGGGCUAAGAAGAUCUCGGCAGUAAACGAGGCAGGAUGGGCAGACUUCAGACAGGAGAAGAUUGGUGGACCAAACAAAAAUUCCCUAAAAAUUUCUUUUCCUUCCACUGCUGGAGACUCGAGGUGGAUUCCUGCUUCACUGCUUCACGAAUAGGAUUGUUUCUUUUGGCUAGUUUGAGUCUUGAGGUUUUUGCAUUCAUUUUAGUUCUAAAGAGGAGACACAAGCACUUCAGUGGCAUUGCUAACAAAAAAAAUAAAUCUAUUGCAUUUGUUGAGAAACAUUUCUACCUGGCUUUACUAAUUGAACAGGAUUACGGAGAGGUUGUACCUGUAACAUCACCUUUUACUCUUCAGCACACGAACGCAUUCAGAAGGUUUAAUCUGGUGUUAAAUUCGUAUUCUAGAGCGGAUUAGUUUACAUUUCGCUGCUGGUCUUGAACAGAUUUCACUCGGAGUUAAAGGAGCAGGUUGUAAUUUUCUUUUUAAAGCUUUAUUCUGUGAGGAGAAUCGUAAUUGCAUUUAAAACAUCGACAAUCCUGGGAAUAGCUGAGCAGAUCAGAUUUGGCUGCUUGAGCUCAUUUCUGGGCCGGAAAAAUUGUAAACAGAUGCCGAAGAUGAGUAAAGAAAUGACUCCGUUUCAUAUGGUAAUACUGGGAAUCUUAGAUCUUUGACAUUGUAGGAUUAUUGUGUGUGUAGACAUAUGAAUAAAUUGCAAAAAAAAAAAAAAAUUCCAAUUUCCCUUACCGCACCUUUAAGUGUCGAUGACACGAGUCACAUUUUUAAUUAGUGUUUAUUUUAAGUAUGUUGCAGGUGCAGUUAGCAUCUGUACAGUUGUAUGUCAAUCAGGGGACCUUUUUCAGUAUAAGUUGUAUUUCAAUAGCACUUAUGUUUCUCAUCCUUUUUUUAAAAUAUGGGUCUUCACAUCACCUUUUAUUUUGUAUGUUUUCAUCUGAUGACUGAUUCAUUGGUGCAUUUAAGAUAUGUUAAUUAAUUUCAUUCACCCCCAGAAUACCACAUGAGUGUUUUAUACAGAAUGCAUUUGCAUUACACUAAAUUGGUGUCGCUGCAUUUUUGAUCAUCGCUUAAUUGUAACUAGGGCAUAAUGAUGACCGUGUUACUAAUACAGCAUGGUGAGGACUUGGUGAGCUAAGCGUUCGAUUUCCACUUGUCUCAAACAGCUAAUGCUAUAUUGAUGACAUUGGUUGUAUGAGGAUGAGUUAUGGUUGAGGUCUGAGUUCAGUGUGUAAUUAAAAUGGAUUUGGCUUUAGUUCAGGAGACUUAGAACAGAACAUGACCAUGAUGUCAAUGUCAAACUUGCAGAUAUAAACUAAAUUGCUUUGUUGCUUGGUAUGAGUCUUGUGUUCCUUAAUAAAAAAAAAAAAAAAUUGUUGAAAAUCUUAAAGCCUAGUCAUGACUUUAAACAUCUAAAUUAAAACUGCAGAGUUGACAAGACACAUAUUAUGAAUUAAACUGACCAAUGAUUGAUUUUUAAGACAUGUGAACACCAUUUUUCUUGAUUUAAAGAAUCAUUAUCUGAUUUCAUAGAAAACUACACUUGUAUUCAAAGGUUUGUGCAGCCCUGGCUAAAUGCUUUAUUGAAUUUAAAAGGAAUAAACACAACCUUUGCAGCAAUUACUAAACUCUUAAAAUUUUUCUGCAAGUUGCAAUGCACAUUUACUUUUCUAUUUGAUUAACUUUAAAAAAAAAAAAAAAAAAAAAAAGAGAGAGAAAAUUUUGGCAUGUGCAGUUGUAAAGCCUUGCACUUGAUUACCUUUUUAAGCUUUAAUUGGCUCAUUAGGACUUACAUUUUUGACACGCACCUUGUGCUAGCACUCAACGAUUCUGGGCUCCAGCUGACUGAGAACCUAAUUAAAGCUAAUAAUGAUACCUACAAAGCAUGCUAUGAAAAAACCUAUUGUUUAAAUUGCAGUAUGAAAUGGCCGUUAUGAAGAAAUAUGGAAAUCAAGGAAAUAUCUUUGUUUUAGAUCGACCUGUAUCCUAGUCAGAAAGCCAUAAAUGUUUUCAAGGACCUGCAGGAAGCUUUAGCUCUAACAGGAAUAAUGAUGCAUUGGUCUAACUAUACUCUGCAUGGAAGAGUCAUCAGAACUAUAGAUCUGUUAAAUGAAGAAGGGAAGUGGUAGCAUAGUGGUGAAGGUGUUGGACUACUGAUCAGAAGGUUGUCCCUAAUCUCAGUACCACCACUCCUGGGCUCUGAACUGUAUAAUACAUAUAAAUUGUUCUGGAUUAAAGGUGUCUGCCAAAUGCUGUAAAUCUAAGCGUGGAACUAUCAACAGCUUAUACAGGUGAGAUCCCCCCCCCUUUUUUUGUUUGUAAUUCGCUUUUAUUUACAUAGAAUUCUAUACAUGAUGAGCCCUAUUCAUGAAGAUUUUUUGGAUACCCUGUAGAUAAGGCAGAGGCAAUUUAGAGAAAAGUGCUGUGGACUGAUGAAGUUAAAAUGAAACUCACUGGCUCACCAACGGUAUGUUAGGAAGAAAAAACACUAAGAAGAGUGUGUUUCCAAUUCAUUAAACAAGAAUAGAAAGCAUCCUAGCUGGCUAAACAAGCACUUGCAAGCUGUAUUAUCUGCCAAAGGGUAACUAAGCACUGAUUUAGUAAGGUGUCUGUGUACUGAAGUAACUGGAAGAAAGGUGUUCUUUUAGCACUAGUUUGCUGAAGAGGUUGUGUUGAAUCUUUUUCAUUUAAAAAAAAAUCGACUAAGGUUGCAAUUUAGGGAGGGGUCCCGGAACUUUUCCAUUCUACUGUUUAUUCGUUCAUCUUUAGCAGCUAUUUUUUAUUUUUUUUUAUCCUGGUCAGGUUUGUGGUGUACUAUAACUUGACUUCUGAGUUUUUUUCUUAGGCUAUUAUACUGCAUUAAUUAGCAAUAGCUAACUUGAUGCUAAAACAAUACUAGCAUUAUUAUAGAUAUGCCUGAAUAUAUAUAUAUAUAUAUAUAUAUACAGAUUGAAGACAAAUUAAAGGAAUAACACUUGUUCUUUUUUGCUGUAGAGGUUGUUUUGCUGUACCACUAUGGGUCCACUUGUCCUCUUAAAAGGGGCCACAUUUACCCUAUGAUUAAUCAUUUCUAUGAUUCUGAUGCAGGAAUACAUUUUAAUAAUACACACUUAUUCACUCACUCACACUUAGCAGCAUGGUUUUGGGAGGUAGAGGGAAACUGGAGAAUCUGGAGGAAACCCACACUGACCCAGUUUGAUCACUACUGGAGCACAGGCUCCUCAAGAAUUUUGCAAAAGUGCUUAAAUAUUAAAAAUUAAGGGGAUCCUGGGGUAUGCCCAUUUUUUAUAGAAACAUCAUUGAAGCAUUCAAUUCUGAUGACUUUAGGGUAUAUAUACAGUAUAUACACCGAUCAGCCAUAACAUUAUGAGCACUGAGAGGUGAAGUGAAUAACACUGAUGAUCUCAUCAUGGCACCUGUUAGUGGGUGGGAUAUAUUCGGCAGCAAGUGAACAUUUUGUCCUCAAAGUUGAUGUGAGGAAAAAUGGGCAAGCGUAAGGAUUUGAGCGAGUUUGACAAGGGCCAAAUUGUGAUGGCUAGAGGCCUGGAUCAGAGCGUCUCCAAAACUGCAGUGGUCACUAUCUAACAAAAGUGGUCCAAGGAAGGAACAGCAGUGAACCGACGACAGGGUCAUGGGCGGCCAAAGCUCAUUGAUGCAUGUGGGGAGUGAAGGCUUGCCCGUGUGAUCCGAUCCAACAGACGAGCUACAUUUGCUCAGAUUGCCGAAGUUAAUGCUGGUUCUGAUAGAAAGGUGUCAGAAUACACAGGGCAUGACGGGUCAGGGCUGUUUUGGCAGCAAAAGGGGGACAUAAUGUUAUGCCUGAUCAGUGUAUAUCUGUGUGUCAUAUUAUAUGAUAAACAUUAAUGUAAGUAUGCCAGUUAUUCCAUUAGUUCAAUUCUACAUUUUAAUUUAUUUUAAAUGGCUUUACUAAAUUUGCCUAUGUAAACUUCAUUUUAAACCAUUUCUAACAACAUUAAUAACUAACUAGCGUUCUAAAUGAACAAAUCACUUCAAAAAAUGGUCACUGCAUUCUAAAUCCCAUUGUUUGUGUUAGAAUGCCAAGUUAGACAUUCUUAAGAGAUUAGAGAUUAGCAAGCAUUCUUUCAGCAGUUUACAAACUAAUGCUAUCGACCGAAUCUUUGCCAAGUAAAUUGGAUCUAGAAGGGUCUUAAAGGGUCUAGCGACACCCCUGUACAUGUGGCACGUCAUGAAUUAGCAGUUUAAUUUGAUUUAGAUUGGAUUUCUAUUCUUUUUAAAAUAGCAGUGUUUGGUGUUAAGUGGCUUAGUGGUUGUCAAACAUCUGAAACAAAAAUGACUUUGCGCAAGCUUUUGGUUUUUUAAGGACAUGUACUCUUGGGUUUAGCCAUUUUAUUAAGUUGACACAUGACUGAGCUACUCUACUACAUGCAUAUUUCCCUCUGUGACUGCAUAGAUUUGCUGCGAGUUGCUUUCUUUCCAAUGGUAUUGCAUCACUGUGUACAUAAAGUUAUUCUAACUCUACAGCACCCAACAUUGCUUCCAGCCUAUAAACUAAUCUGUAAUUCUA